ACAACAACAGCAGCGGCUGCAGUAUGACCGUGUCAUAUGCAGGCGAAGUGCCCAAUGGCAGCAACUUUGGCUGCUUCUGGAAGAUCCUAUGGAAAUGGCGCGGCAGCGUUUACAAAUUAGUAUGGCGCGAAUUAAUCGCCUAUUUGUGUUUAUAUUACACCAUUAACCUCAUCUAUCGCUUCGCCCUGACGCCGAAUCAACAAGUGACAUUCAAUCGCAUUCGGAUUUACUUUGCCCAGCAGGGCGAGGCCGUGCCCAUGUCCUUUGUGCUGGGCUUCUAUGUGAAUCUGGUGGUCAAGCGCUGGUGGGAGCAGUACCGCCUGCUGCCCUGGCCGGAUACGCUGGCCCUGUUCAUCAGCGCCGCCAUUCCCAACUCGACGGGCGUUAAUAAUGAGACGGGCCGCCUCAUGCGCCGUAAUAUCAUGCGCUAUAUGGUCUUGGCCUACGUUAUAACGCUCCAGCGCAUUUCGCUGCGCGUCAAGCGUCGCUUUCCGACCACACAGCAUCUGGUGGACGCGGGCCUCAUGCACGAGUCGGAGAUGAAAAUCUUUGAGGCCAUGAAUCAGAAGAGUCCCAUGUCCAAGUACUGGAUGCCCCUCGUCUGGGCCACCAACAUCAUCAAUCGGGCGCGCAAGGACGGGCUGAUUGCCUCCGAUCACAUAGUGCAGACGAUACUCGUCGAGCUCUCGGACAUCAGAAGACGUCUGGGUGGCCUGAUUGGCUAUGAUACGGUAUGCGUGCCGCUGGUCUACACACAGGUGGUUACUCUGGUGCUUUAUACCUAUUUCAUUGCCCUUGUGCUCGGCCGCCAGAUGUUGCCAAAUAUCUCGGAUCGCAAUGGACGCGAAGAUAGCGACUUGUACUUUCCGAUAUUCACAGUUCUGCAGUUCGUUUUCUACGUGGGCUGGCUGAAAGUGGCCGAGGUUCUGAUCAAUCCCUUUGGCGAAGAUGACGAUGAUAUUGAAUUGAAUUGGCUGAUCGAUAGACACAUCAAGGCCGCCUACAUGAUUGUCGACGAGAUGCACGAGGAGCAUCCGGAGCUGUUGCGCGAUCAGUACUGGGAGUGCGUGGUGCCCAAGGAGCUGCCCUACACCGUCGCCUCCGAGCACUACAGACGGGACGAGCCCAAGGGCUCUGCCGAGAAGUACAAGGUGAAGAAGGAGGAUGCCAUGUACGCGAACAUCAUUCCGGGCGGUGGCAAGCGCAUGCUCAGCGACGAUGUCUAUGCGGACUAUGAGAGCGUGGACACGCCCAUGGUGGAGCGGCGGAAGAACAAUUGGCUGGUGCGUCAGCUAUCCCGCAUGGGCUCCAUGCGCAGCCAGUCGACGGCCUACUCCUCGGGCGGCAUGCCCUUCACGCGCAACCGCCUGAACUCGGUCUACUCUAGUCCCGAAUCGGGCCUGCCAUUGACCGUACUGCAGCAACAGCAGCUGCAGCAGCAGCAGCUCCAGCAGCAACAGCAACAGCCCGGCGGCCUGCAGCAGCAGCAGCAGCAGCAGCAGCAGAGCAAGCCGACUCUCUACGAGAAGUUCGUGCACCGCAAAUCGCUGCGCGCCCAGCGACAGCUGAUCAAACAAAAUUCCAAGUUGAAUGGCCUCAAUAUAAACGUGGCCAAGACGCGGCCGCGCAUACCCACGCCGGAGGUGACGAAGGAUGGCAGCACCAACACAGCCACAAGCGCCGUUAUCAUGGCCCCACAACAGCUGAGCACCCAAAGCACUAGCGGCAUGUAUCCCUCGUAUAGCACCUCAGCCAGCGGCACCAAUUUGCACCAGGACAGCGGCCAGGUGCUGGGCACACUGCUGCUGUCGCCCAUCAAAGAGAUGGAUAGCUCAUCAUCCAAUAAUACUCUGAUUCCAGGGCAUCCAGCCACAGCGGCGCUAGCCCAGGCCGUCAUGCCGACUCGCUUGAAGGAUGGCUACACGGCCAGCGCCAUUCCAGCGGAGACAAACAUCACCACACUCUCGUUUCCGUUCACGGUCUCCACCAGCAGCGAGUCGAUGCCCACGGGCACGUUGAGCAUUCUGCCACUGGCUGCCAAUGCGCAGCUGCCGACGAUAACGACCUCAGCCAGUGGCUUUGAUCCGAACGAUGUGAUCACCACGAUUCCCGUUUCCCUGUCCAUACAGCGCACGCCCUCCAGCCUGUCCAUUGUGGAGCUGGGCGCGGCGGGCGAUGGCGGCGAUACGCACGCCAGCAGCGGAUCGAGUAAUGGCAGCGGCGGCGGCAUCACCACUACCGCCUUGCUCUCGGUGAAGCCCCUCAACGGGACCGCCAACAUAUCGCGCAACAAUAGCUUCAACGUCAGCCUCAAUCUGCAGGAUCCGAGCUAUCAGCGCUCCUCGGUGCGCUCGGCGGGGCCAACGGACUCGGUGGAUGCGACAGCGACGGUUUCUCUGCACCGGAACAAGGACGGCUCCAGCAACACGGGCGGCACAGCCAAUGCCUCGUCGGCGCCCUCAACGCUGGCCAAGCACAAGCCAGAGCCGAAGACGGGCGAGGUCUAUGUCUGACCAAGGAAUCACAUCGUUGUUAUAGUUAGAUAGCUUUCUUGGCGACAUCUCGCUAUAAGCCCAUAUAAUUUUUGAACAGAGUUGAAAGUAGUCUUAAGCUAGGCUUAAACAAAUUUUGGCUUCAGGCCACCCGGAACCAUUCUACGAUAUUAUUAUUUAGCUGCAGCUGUGCAAACCCAAAAGAGAAUUGUUGCAUAGUCUUUAGUGAGUUCAUGUAUAGAUCGUGUUUACACAGAGUACGACAUAUCAGUCCUUAGACAUAAGUACCGAGAAGAGAAAAAACACUUCCUAUAAAUAUGCAGUCCCAUACGAUCUACGUACACUCAAGCGAUAUAUAUAUAUGUAUAUGAAUGUUACCUAAUCAUAAUUAUAAUUUUUAAACUUUUGUUUCUUUGGCGCUUGCCAUAUUAGGCUAGAUCUAAAGAUUACUUACCACUAAUUUGUUUGAUUGAGAAUCCCUAUCGUGUAGGCAGUGUAUAUAUAAACCAACACAAUAUGUGAUAUGCGAUUUGUAGGCUUAAGAGUCUUAAGCAUAAACUUUAGCAUAAUUAUGCAUAUGUAUAUGCAUGUGUGUGUG